AUGGGACUCACCUGUGGGCUACUUGCUGAGGCUCUGCGGUUGCUGUGGAGACACGUGGUGGUGGGGACCGCCCCCCCCCCGCCCCCCCCUGAGGACCGGUUUGGAGGAGGGAGGGCAGGGCGGAUAGUGGUGGGACUGAUGGCCAGCUCGAAUGGGCUUAGCUGCACACACACAGGCAGAGCCCAGCAGCAGCUCACCGAUCUGAGCCGAAGGUCCUCGUCUGGACACGUUCUUGCACCGCACCGCCUCUUUGAUCCGGUCCACCUCCUGCUGGUAGCGCUUGCGCUCCCUGGCCGCCGCCUCCUUGGCGUUCUUCAGAGCGGUUUCCAGAGCUUUGACUCGCUCCGCCGUGGCCCGCAGACGCCUGUCCAGCUUAGGCAGCUCGCAGCGCAGGUCUGCGUUGUCUCGAACCAGCUGCAGAACACGGGGAGAAAUGGCACAAGGUUCUUCUGGUAUUUACGAUGUGACCUGAUCGACUGCCGGACCCUGUAUUUUCAGUUUGUUCACAUCAGACUGAAGCUUCCUGUUUUCCAGCUGAAGAGCCUGACUCACACUGAGACAAACACAGUAUUCAACUUAACAACGCGGAGACAGGACUCCAUGCCCCAGAAUGCCUUGCGGCUCGUGGCGGAGCGGACCUGUGUGAGGUGGGAGCGGCUCCGCAUCCUAACGGAAACACACGGAGACACACCGAGCUGCAGAUCCACUGAGUCCUCCAGGAACCGCACCCGGAUCGGUCUGGACCCGGAACCCGCUGAGUCCUGCCGGUUUGGACCCGGUACCCGCUGA